AUGCUCUUGAAAAUCUAUUUCUUCCUCCUUGUCUCUGGAGUCUAUACAUUCAUUCAUCCCAUCACCAUUUAUGGCCGCUAUUUUGUGGACAGUGAAACAAAGGAACCAUUUUACAUCAAAGGUGUCGAUUACCAGCCGGGAGGUUCUUCGGGAGUCACCAGCGACUCUGACCCGCUUUCCGAUCCUGCCAUUUGUGCCAGGGAUAUCGCCCUCUUUCAGGACUUGGGAAUCAAUACUAUUCGAAUCUAUUCGGUCAACACAAAUCUUAACCACGACGCAUGUAUGACCAUCCUUGCUUCAGCUGGAAUAUACUUGGUUCUUGAUGUAAACUCACCAUUACCCAAUCAUCACCUCAACAGGUAUGAGCCGUGGGUCACAUACACAAAAGAAUAUUUGAGAAAUGUGUACGAGGUGGUGCACCAGUUCAGCGGAUAUAACAACACACUUGGGUUCUUUGCCGGGAACGAAGUGGUCAAUGACAAGUUGAGUGCAACAAAUUCCCCAGUAUACAUUAAAGCUCUUGUCAGAGAUAUUAAGAACUAUAUCGAGCAUCAUUCCCAAAGACCCAUCCCCGUUGGAUACUCUGCUGCAGACGACUUACUGUACCGUGUAUCUUUGUCCAAAUAUUUGCAGUGUGUGGAUCACGAUCUCUCAGACACGGUUGACUUCUAUGGGGUAAACUCGUAUCAGUGGUGUGGUGAGCAAACAAUGCAAACAAGCGGAUACGACAAGUUAGUUGAAGCUUAUGCUGAUUUCUCCCGACCCGUAUUCUUUUCUGAAUAUGGGUGCAACGAAGUAACGCCCAGAAACUUUGAUGAAGUACAUGCCCUUUACUCAAAAGAUAUGACUAACGUUUUUAAUGGUGGAUUAAUAUAUGAGUUUUCACAGGAGCCCAAUAAUUAUGGACUCGUGGAGAUUUUGCCGACCAAAGACAUCAGGCUCCUUGCGGACUACUUCCUGCUCAAACAGCAAUUUGAGAGUUUGCCCGAGCUUGAUUAUCGCCAUGUGCUUAAGGGAAUGAAGGAUAACAUUAAUAACAUCCAAGACAAGCUCAGAACCAGACCGCACGCAUUACCAGAGUGUGCCAAUAGCUAUGAUAAUCUUGACAUUUCUCGUGGUCUUCCGGAUCCUGUGGGAAGCGCCUACUUGACAACUGGAGUCCAAGUGGAACAGGGGAAGUAUACCACAAUCACCGAGUCGGAAUUUAAGAGUCCAUAUAAGGUUUUUGACGUCGACGGAAGUCUGAUAUAUAUUAACGAGCCCACAGUCCAACUUGUUGAGGACACCACAUCAAGUUGGAGCUCUUCGAGACGAAACUUGCGUGGAUUUCAAAACUGUACGUAUUAUGAUCUUUUGGGAGACAGCUCUGAGUUCGGCUCCUUCAGUGACGACGAAAAUGAAGGAGAUUCAAAGAAAAGUGAAAAUUUCAUCCUCUCAAUCUUCAAUAAGGUGAGCAAAGCGUUUGUGAACUUGAAGCAGGCCCUUACUUAA